AUGCCGACAAAUCGCAGAUCAACUGGCGGCGCUCGCGCCCGCCCUGGGCCCAACAAAGGUCAAUCGACCAUCAGCUUUUCCAACAAGGUUUCCAAGCCUGUACCUCGGCAGGAACUGAAGAAAGCCGCUGUCACCAAGGGCGACCGCAUUGUUCCACAUGCCAAAAAGGAAGAGGAGGUUCCUGAGGCCGUCGAGAUCGAGGUCGAACCUGAGGUAGAGCAGCCGGAGCCAAAGGUCGAGGUGCCACAGAAGACCGAGGUCCAGAUCCGCGCCGAGAAGACGACCGAUGCGCAGAUCAACAAGUACUGGCGGAACAUUGAGGCGGAGCGCAUUGCCAAGAGGGUGCAUGUGGAAGACUUGAGCACGGGGGAGAAGGUGCUGCGGUAUUUCGACGUCAGCUCGCAGUACGGGCCCUGUGUCGGAAUCCAACGGAUGAGGCGCUGGGAGAGGGCCAACAAGCUCGGCCUCAACCCUCCCAUCGAGGUUCUUGCCGUGCUGCUCAAGGAGCAGAAGGAGGGCAGCCAAUCUGAGCGCGCACAUAUGGAUGCGAUUCUCAACUCCACAGCAGUCGGGUCAACAUGA